CUCUCGCACAAUGACUCUCAUCAAUCCGGAGGGUCAAUUUUAUGGCUAUCCAUAGAAUGAAGAGCCACCCAGUACUAGCCACGAUGGACUACUACCAGCUAACUAGUGGCCGGGGCCUAGGUAGAUAAACGUCAUAUCUAAAACCCCCCACGCCAGGAUGGUGGACCCCUCGGCUAUUGAUAUAUAAUGCCUCGUCGGAGCAUCUCCUGCCAUCUCAUCUUCUUCUGCAUUCUUUCUCCUCUCUUGCAUCUCUUCUGCUUCAUUUUCACUCACCCCGCCGCCCUCUGACAUCACAUCAUGCCCGCCGCCUUGCUGAUCGGGUCCAUCGCCCAUUCCACCAAGGAAUGGUCCGAUCUCUCCGCCAUCCUGACCUUGAAGGAAUUCCCCUCCGGAAACCGCGAAGAUUUCCUCCGCAAUUGUCGCGACGGCCAGUACGAUGAUGUCGUCGCCCUCUAUCGCUCUAAUGCCUCCACCAAGUUCACUGGUCCAUUCGAUGCCGAGUUGCUCGCCGUCCUGCCGCCAUCUCUCAAGUACAUCUGUCACAACGGCGCAGGCUAUGAUAACAUCGAUAUCGCGGCAUGCACGGAGAAGGGUAUCGCCGUCUCCAGCACCCCCGUCGCCGUCAACAAUGCCACCGCCGAUGUGGCCAUCUUUCUGAUGAUUGGCGCUUUGCGACAGGCGUACGUCCCGCUCUCUUCCCUCCGCGCCGGACAAUGGCUUGGAAACUCCACUCUCGGUCGGGAUCCUCAGGGGAAGGUGCUCGGCAUUCUUGGUAUGGGGGGAAUUGGUCGCGAAAUGGCCCACCGCGCACGCGCAUUCGGCAUGAAGAUCCAAUACCACAACCGCUCUCGCCUCUCCGCUGAGCUCGAGGCUGGCGCCGAAUACGUCUCGUUCGACGAGCUGCUCGCCAACGCAGACGUCUUGAGUCUGAAUCUGGCCCUGAACGAGUCUACCCGCCAUAUCAUCGGGGCGAAGGAGUUCGAAAAGAUGAAGGACGGGGUGGUGAUCGUCAACACGGCUCGCGGGGCGUUGAUCGACGAGAAGGCGCUGGUCGCCGCACUGGAGUCGGGCAAGGUUUUGUCGGCCGGUCUGGACGUUUACGAAACCGAGCCCGCGAUCGAGCCCGCGCUGGUAGACAACCCCCGGGUGAUGCUGUUACCACACAUUGGCACCAUGACAUAUGAAACGCAACGCGAGAUGGAGCUGUUGGUGUUGAACAACCUACGCUCGGCCGUGGAAACCGGGAAGAUGAUCACGCUGGUCCCGGAACAGAAGGCGGUUUUUGGGCAAUAGUCUCCGAGAGGGUCCUCGUUCAAUAAUGCUCUGAUGACAGAAAAUAUAAUAGACUUUAU